UUGAAGUGCAUACAGUUUGGUAAAAGCAAAAUGUAAACAUUCAGUUCUGAUCACCAAAAAAGAUAACAACGUCAAAAUAAGCAAAAAAGUAUAAUUUGCAGGCAAAAUAAAAUAUUUUAAAGAAAAAAAAAAAAACAAUUCAUUAGCUUCACUUCGUUAAUUAUUAUACAUCGUUAGCAGCUUUGUUUUAAUAAAAUGAAUUUAAAUCAACCAAAAGCUGGCGAAACUAUUCUGACUCAGUCAAAUAAACACGUAGCCAAAUGUACGUGGGUUAUAAAUAAUUUCAGCUACAUUCAAAAAGAACUUGGUACAAAGAUUGAAUCUCCCAAGUUUUUGGCACCAUUCAAUAGCGAUAUUCAAUUUAGUUUAGAUCUCUAUCCAUUUGGUUUCAGGGAUGAUAAUAAGGGUUGGUUAUCGAUAUAUGCCAAAACAGUGUCUGAAUCUGGAGUUCGUGCAAAGUAUAAAACAUGCAUCUUAAAUUCUAAUCCUGAAAGGUCAAAGAUUUCUCAAUCAAAUGAUGUUAAAUUAUUAAAAGCAAGCCAGACUUUGGGUCAUUACAAAAUUAUGCCACUUGUUGAUUUAAUGGAAGAAAAUAAUUGUUUUUUGUCUGAGGAUAAAUUAACAAUCUUGUGCGAAAUUAGUUUCAUCUGUGAUAGCAUUAAUAUCUCUGGUAUUGCCCCAUUUAAAAUUCCUGAGUGUAAGAUCGCGGAAGAUUUUGGUAAUCUGCUUGAUAGUCGUAAAUUAAGUGACGUCAUAAUAAUAGCUGGUGAACAUAAACAAGAACUUCCAGCUCACAAAGCAAUCUUGGCUGCUCGAAGUAAUGUUUUUGCUGCAAUGUUCGAAUAUGAAAUGAAGGAGGCUAAGUCAAAUACCAUCACCAUAACGGAUAUUGAUUGUGAAGUGCUUCAUGAAAUGCUACGUUUCAUUUACACAGGAAACACUCGGAAUUUGAAAGAAAUGGCCAAAGAACUUUUAGCAGCUGCUGAUAAGUAUGAAUUGACAAUCUUGAAGGCGUUGUCGGAGGAAGCUGUGUUUGCCGAGUUAUCAAUUGAAAAUGCUAUUGAAAUUUUAUCCUUCGCCGAUCUCUAUAGUGCUAAACAAUUGAAAGAGAAAACUAUUAUUUUUAUUAAAGCUCAUGCUAAGGAGAUUAUUAAAACGGAUGGAUGGCAAACCAUGAAGAAAGCUCUAUCGUAUUUGGCUGUGGAGUUAUUUGAACAAUUAUGCACAGAAAAUGAAGAUGAUUGUCAGAACUUACCAUCGCCAGAUCCAUGAAAUUAUAAUCUGCAUUUUUCGUUUUGUUUUAUCCAAAAUUGUGUUUUUAUAAACAAUGAAAUUUGUAUACUUGCAUUUUUUGAAUCAAUAAACAAUACAUACAUCGGUACCUAUCUGCUAAGGUAUCUAGUUUUAA